CUCCUCAGUAAUUUGAGGUGGAACAAGCUGCAAGAUGCCAUUCCUCCUGAAAUUGGUGAACUAAAGCAGCUAACUCAUCUCUACCUGAGUUUUAAUAAUUUCAAAGGUGAAAUCCCAAAAGAGCUUGCAAAUCUUCCAGAACUCCGUUAUCUCCAACUUCAUGAAAAUCGUUUGACAGGGAGAAUUCCACCUGAAUUGGGAAAUUUGCAAAAUCUGCGAUACUUGGAUGUUGGAAACAAUCAUUUGGUUGGGACUAUAAGGGAACUCGUACAUAUUGAAGGAUGCUUCCCAGCUCUACGUAACCUGUAUCUUAACAACAAUUAUUUUACUGGAGGCAUUCCAGCACAGCUUGCAAAU